AACCUGUCUUCUCCAUUAAGAAACAACAGAUUACAGGCAAACAUCGAAUAUUCAUUCCUUCACCUCUCUCUCUCUCUCUCUCUCUCUCUCUCUCUCUCUCUCUCUCUAUCUCACCCAUUUUCUUCGCCCUAUUUCUUUCUCCACCUUCCAUCUUCAAUCCAAAAAAAACACUUUAUUUUCCCUCUCUCAAAAUCCCACUUUCUAAUAAAAAAAUAUCUCGAUCCCUACAGCCACCGCUUUAUUCCCACAAGCGAUGGGUCCCCGUCUCUGGACCUGUUUUGGAAACAAGGGCAGUCGAUACGUCGCGGAAGGGAGCAACAUCACGGCGGAUGUAACACCUGAAGACCAAACACGUUCCGGACCAGGACCAGUGGUGGUUGAGAUGUUUUCAUCACAAGGUUGUACAACAUCGCCGGCGGCUGAGCUUGUGUUGUCACGGUUGGGUAGAGGUGAUUUUCAGCUGGAAAUGCCGGUGGUUGUGUUGGCAUUCCAUGUUGAUUAUUGGGAUUAUAUGGGUUGGAAAGAUCCUUAUGGUUCUAGUCAAUGGACCGUAAGACAGAAAGCCUAUGUUGAGUCUCUUGGACUUGAUACAUUGUUGACUCCUCAAGUUGUUAUUCAAGGUUUGGCUCAUUGUCUUGGAAAUGACGAUACUGCCCUUGUUCAAGCUAUUAAUAAUGCUCCUAGAUACCCUGCUCUUAAUUUCAAGGCAACAUUCACAAAACCUACACAAGACUCUUUGCAAGUGUCACUAACAGGAUCAUUAAGGAGCAAGGUGGACAGUAAUGUUGUGGACAUCAUGGUAGCCUUAUACGAAAAUGGUUUAGUUACCGACUGUCCAAGAGGAGAGAACAGAGGUCGUGUUCUAUCUAAUGAUUUUGUCGUUAGAAAGCUCGAGAAGCUCUCUACAGAAAAAGACAUCUCUGCCAAGAAGACAGUAACAGGAACUCUUAAUUUUCCAUUGUGGGGAGGAUUCAAUAGCAGCAAAUGUGGUGUAGCUGUCUUUGUUCAAAGCCCUUCUCACCAGAUUUUUGGUUCACAGAGUUUUCAUCUGCCUGAUGAUAUAUGAUAUGAUACUGUUGAUUCAUUAUUUUAAUUUGUUCUGCAAAGUCUAUCAUUCUUUUUUUUAUUUUCGCGUUUCUAUUUUUGUUUUAAAAUUUCUUUGGUACUUUGUCAUAUCGUACUAUUUUUCAUUUUUUUGUCAUUUGUCCUACCUUAGAUUUACUCUAUGUUGACGGUGGAUUCAUUUACCAGACUA